CUAAAACGCCGUCGUUGGCUGUCGCCUGCGAGGAAAACACAACACUGAGAGAGAGAGACGUUGAAUUUUCUAAUCUCAUCCUUUUUGGACCCAAUACAGAAACAACGCAGCCUCUCUCUCUCUCUCUUUCUUCUUUAUUUCUCUCUCUUCUUCUCACGUAACUAAACGAAACCCUAGCGAAGACCUUUCUUAAUUUUCCCCUCAAUUUCAUUCCGAUGCUUUGUUCUCUUCCCUCUUCCUCAAUCCCAUUACACAGGUUUUAUGUAGCUUGAGUUUAGUCAAGAAAUAAUUGAUGGAUGAUCAUUGUACAGAUGGAUAAAAUGUCUGCUCCUUCAUCAUGGGAGCGUGCACAACGCCUUUAUGAAAAGAACAUUGAAUUGGAGAAUAAGCGGCGAAGGUCGGCUCAGGCGCGGGUCCCUUCAGAUCCAAAUGCUUGGCAACAGAUGCGUGAGAACUAUGAAGCUAUAAUUCUUGAGGAUCAUGCUUUCUCUGAGCAGCACAAUAUUGAGUAUGCUCUUUGGCAGUUGCACUAUAAGCGGAUUGAGGAGUUUAGGGCAUACUUUAGUGCUGCUCUUUCUUCUACGAGCUCAAACUCGUCUCAGGGAGUGAAAGGCCCUGCUCGACCUGACCGGAUAAAUAAAAUAAGGCUGCAGUUUAAGACUUUUCUUUCAGAAGCAACUGGAUUUUACCAUGAUCUUAUUAUGAAAAUCAGAUCAAAGUAUGGGCUUCCUCUUGGUCACUUUGAGGACUCAGAGAAUCGGAUCAUGAUGGAGAAAGAUGGGAAGAAAUCUGCUGACAUGAAGAAAGGCUUUGUAUCCUGUCAUCGCUGUCUGAUAUAUUUGGGUGAUCUAGCUCGUUACAAAGGAAUGUAUGGUGAAGGUGACUCAAUAAAUCGGGAUUUCACAGCAGCUUCUAGUUACUACUUACAAGCUGCAUCUCUUUGGCCUUCAAGUGGGAAUCCCCAUCAUCAGCUUGCUUUAUUGGCUUCAUAUUCUGGGGACGAGCUGGUGGCUAUUUAUCGGUAUUUUCGUAGUUUGGCUGUGGAUAGUCCAUUUACAACUGCCAGAGAAAACUUGAUUGUUGCAUUUGAGAAGAAUCGCCAAAGUUUCUAUCAGCUUCCCAGUGAUGCUAAAGCUCUUGCAGUCAAGGAAUCUUAUGGGCGAUUAACUGGAAAAGGAAGAGGAAAAGUGGAAGCAAAACUUGCGACAAGGGGUGCUGGUGUUGAUGCCAGUCCUAGAACUGAAGGAGCUUCCAGCAUACAAGAAACUUAUAAAUACUUCUGCACUCGCUUUGUCCGUCUAAAUGGAAUCUUGUUUACUCGUACAAGCCUUGAGACCUUCACUGAAGUUCUUGCUGUUGUUAACACUGGCCUGCAUGAGCUUCUGUCUUCAGGGCUAGAUGAGGAGCUGAAUUUUGGCACUGAUACUUCUGAGAAUGGACUUACCAUUGUCAGAAUUGUCUGCAUUCUAGUAUUUACAGUUUAUAAUGUGAACAGGGAAUCUGAAGGUCAAACUUAUGCAGAAAUUGUACAGCGUGCUGUUCUGCUUCAGAAUGCAUUUACUGCAGCUUUUGAAUUGAUGGGUUACAUAAUAGAGAGAUGUGCACAGCUGCAUGAUCCUUCUUCUAGUUUUCUUUUACCGGGCAUUUUGGUAUUUGUUGAGUGGUUGGCUUGUUAUCCAGAUCUUGCUGCAGGCAAUGAUGUGGAUGAGAAUCAGGCAACUUUGAGAUCAAAGUUUUGGAAUCAUUUUAUAUCCUUCUUGAAUAAGCUGCUUUCAGUUGGGCCUAUGUCUAUUGAUGAUGACGAAGAGGAGACUUGCUUUACUAACAUGAGCAGGUAUGAAGAAGGGGAAACUGAAAACGGACUUGCUUUGUGGGAGGACUUUGAGUUGAGGGGAUUUGUUCCACUUCUUCCUGCACAAACCAUCUUGGAUUUUUCAAGGAAGCAUUCCCUUGGAACUGAUGGUGAUAAGGACACAAAAGCUCGACUCAAAAGGAUUUUAGCUGCAGGGAAGGCUUUAGCAAAUGUUGUUAGGGUUGAUCAAAAAAUGAUAUAUUUUGAUUCAAAGGCAAAGAAAUUUGUAAUUGGUUUUGAGCCUCAAACCCCAGAUGAUUUUCUUGGCACCUACUCAUGCAUGCCAAAUGCAGAAGAGUUACUGCAAGAAAAGCCAACGGAUAAAUCAAAGGUGGAAAUUGUCCAGUCAAAACAACACCAGUAUAUGGAAGGAGAUGAUGAUGAUGAAGUUAUUGUUUUCAAGCCAAUAGUGGCUGAGAUGCGGUCUGAUGUGGUUGUCUCAUCAUGGGCACCCAAUGAGGGUUUGGAGCCUGCUCUAAAAGUUUCUGGAGAGGAUUUAAAAUUUCAUGUUAAUUCUACUUCUAACCCUCUCAAUAAUCUGAAUUUUCAAACUUUGCCAGUUUCUGUUAGUGGUAUGGUGCCUCAAAACCUGCAGCCAGUUCAGCCACAUACAUCAAGGUGGUUAGAGGAGGAAAUUUCUCUUGCUAACAGUUUAAAAGGUCUUAGGUUAUUUGAGAAUGGGCAUGUGAUGAAACCUGGCCUACAAGAAGCUGUAGGCAUCUCUAACCAUGUUGCACUUCCUAUUCCUUUCCAACAAUCUGUCAGUGCUGACUCAAAUGGUGUGUUUUAUGGUCUCUCAAAAGCUCCAGAAUCUGUGAUUCCAUCCAAAAUCGAUGCUAUUGCAUCUUCUGGAGUAAUUACAGAUAACUUAGAUGUGAAGACAUCAUCGGCCUUACAGGCUGGUUUGAGAAAAGCCCCAGUCAGUCGACCUGCCAGGCACCUUGGACCUCCUCCUGGUUUUAGUCCUGUUCCUCUUAAACAAGGUAUUGAAUCCCCUGUUUUGGAUUCAAUCAAUGGGAAUCCAAUUAUGGAUGAUUAUAGUUGGUUGGAUGGCUAUCAUUUGCAUUCAUCAACCAAAGACUUAGGCCUCAAUGGUCUGGUUACUUACUCUCAGUCAAAUUCCCAGCAAGUCAAUAACAAUGGAUUGAGUGGGACCAUCAGCUUUCCUUUUCCUGGAAAACAAGUUCCAUCUGUGCCUUUACAGGUGGAGAAGCAAAAUGGUUGGCCAGAAUAUCAAACUUAUGACCUUUUAAAAUCACACCAUGAUCAGCAGCUGCAGCCUCAGCCGCUGCUCACAACUGGAAAUCAGCACUUCUCUCCCCUGCCUGAGCAAUUUCAAGGACAGUCAAUCUGGACAGGUCGUUACUUUGUGUGAUGUCAGUAUGAGAGUAUAGAUGGUCCUUGAAGGAUUAAAGCGAAUGUGCUGCAUUCUUUUGCUACUCAACUCCAACUUUGCUGCCUUGUCGUUGAAUGUUGUUGGAGUUUCUUUGGACUUGACCUGUUGCAGGCACUUGCUAGUACAAAAGAUUAUGCUGAGCUCUUCAGCCCGGACGAAGGAAGAUAUACCUGCAUCUUUACAGUUCAAAGUUCGUAAGAAGUAAAUGCCUUGUCUGGUUGGUUGGGGCGGAUAGGUGGUGAUAAAUAAAAGACUAUUAAGUCGUCGUGGAGCUUGUAUCUUCUGGGUUGGUGGUGUCGCAAUGGUUUGUUACACUUCUCUAGUGGAAAUGUCAUAAUGGUGCACCUGUAAGAAUCGUUGAUAUCAUCAUCUGGUUGCAAGUUAUACAUAGUGCUAGCCCUUUUUUCUGCCUCAAUGCUUCAGACUAUAGUUGGGAAAUGUUGGUAGGUAAGAAGUGGGUGUAAAGUUGGAUAAUGGGUAUGAUAUUGACAUUGUGGGGCUCACUUGAGUGAGUACGUGUUUAGUUGUUGCGUCUUCGUUAAGGUUCGUAUAAUGUGUUGUGUGUGACGAUUGGUAUAUGGUUAAUUUUCUCUUUCUAAGUCGAGGGGUUGACUCGAACUUCCAAAUAAAUUGGUGGUUGGAUACAUAUCCAUCUUGGUCUGUAUGAAUACAAUGAUAUAACGUCUUUAUUUCCUGCUUUGUCAGAUUGUUUAUGUUGUUCGGUAGUAGGGAAUAGAAUCAUCAAUUCGUGUAAGCUGUUCCGUUCUCUGCCCCUCCAAUUGAAAAAUGACGCCUCACCCUAAAAACUAGCUAUUAAGAGUGGAAGUGUUAUCGUUUAAAAGAGAAACUGUUGUUGCUGGGGUGCUGUUUUUCAAUUGAACGGACAAGGGAACAGAUAGAAGGAACAGUAA